GCAGUGACAGUGACACUAGUGAAGUGUGCAAAAUUUGACAUUUGACAGUUCAAAAAGGUUUGAUUUGAUGGGAACUCAAGUCAGUAAAAUUCUCCGGCCCACCACGAAAAUGGCGAACUCAGCGGAAAUUCAGCAAUUCAUAAAGGACACUAUUUCUAAGGAAAAAGUAGUUGUGUUUUCAAAGUCAUACUGCCCGUACUGCACAAUGGCUAAAGAAGUCUUUCAAAAAGUCAAGCAACCAUUCCAAGUGAUAGAGCUGGACCAGAGAGAUGAUGGUGCCGACAUUCAGGGCAACCUCGCUUCAAUCACAGGAAUCCGAACGGUCCCGCAAGUGUUCAUCAAUGGCAACUGUGUUGGCGGAGGUUCUGAUGUGAAGGCCCUACACGAGUCCGGCAAGCUAGAAUCCAUGCUCAUUGGUUAAUAUACCAUUACAAACGCUAGCAAUUGUUACCUCAUCAACAUCAAACCAUAGUUAAAAAAAACCAUAUAUUU